CCCAGGGUGGAUGCUCCACAGGGGGAGAUGUUACUACUUCUCAGAGCAAUCGGGGACCUGGGAUGCCAGUAUGCGAAAUUGUUCAGGCAGGAAAUCCCAGCUGCUUGUUGUUGAAGAUGAGGCUGAGAUGGAAUUUAUAGCAACCAGAACAGAACAGAAAUAUUUCUGGAUUGGAUUAAACCUUCAAGAGAAAGAGGGAAGAUGGAUGUGGCUUGGUGUCUCCCAGUUAGAAGGGCAGAGGCUGAGCUUGGUGAUGGUAAAUGGAACUGGAGAUGGCAAAAACUGUUCUGCUUUCAACAAGGAGAAGUUACACCCUGAGAAAUGCCUGAUUUCGCACAGAUGGAUCUGCAAGAAAAACGCAACCUCGCUGGCUCCCUAGAAUAACCCAGAACAUUAGACACCGUCCCUUGUAGAAUGAUGCAUUUUCUUGUACUUUGUGAUAUUUUAAUGUAAAUAAUCAUAAGAGCAUUGCACAGAAACCAUAGCAUUCGGCAAUCCUGUGUCGAUUGACCACUGGCUGUAUUAGGGAUAGGUUUGUAUUGUAACCCCCUGUAGCUCCUGGUGUCCAAGGAUAGACGAUG